GGGACCCGAGCGAGAGAUCUGCGGCUAACCCGGCUGCAUUUGCUCACCCGGCAAGGAAGGCACAGGAGGAGGAGGAGGAGGCGGAUCAGGUGUGAAGGAUGAGUGCUUAUGCUGAUAUCUGUGCUUCCAAUGAGGCAAAGCAAGGCACUACGGAGAAUAACUAUCAGCGCUAUGGAGUUCGCUCUUAUCUGCAUCAGUUUUACGAGGACUGCACAGCAUCCAUUUGGGAGUAUGAGGAUGAUUUUCAGAUCCAGAGAUCACCAAGUCGGUGGAGCUCUGCAUUCUGGAAGGUCGGACUCAUCUCUGGGACAGUGUUUAUGCUGAUCGGGAUCAUUGUUCUUAUAGUAGGUUUUCUGGUGCCCCCCAAAAUUGAAGCCCUGGGUGUUGAAGAUUUCGUAGUGGUGGAUACACGGGCUGUUCAGUUUAACAGAGCCCUUGAUGUAUGUAAGUUGGCAGGAGCAAUUCUGUUUUGCAUUGGAGGGACCACAAUGGCGGCUUGCUUGUUAAUGUCUGCGUUUGCCAAAAGCUACUCCAAAGAAGAAAAGUACCUACAACAGAAAUUUAAAGAGCGAAUAGCAGACAUGAAAGCCCACACACACCCAGUCACAAAAGCCCCGGCACCUGGCGAAUCCAAGAUACCUGUCACUCUGUCCAAAAUUCAAAAUGUCCAGCCAUUAUCUGAAACCUGAUUGUUUCCUCUUCCCCAACUUAAACUUCCUAUGAAUUUGAAAAGGUUAGCUUUGACUAAUCUGUGUUUGCAAUGUAGUAUCACAGCCCUCUACACCUAGCAGGGAGAGAAGGGGAUUGAAAAUCUAAUCCUGUAAGAAUCCUGACAUUGCAGGAAAGCAAAAGUUCGGCCAUUACUGGUUUGAACAGAAGCAUUAAUGUGCUUGCAAUUGUGUGAGUGGGGUGGAUUGUGCUUCAGAUUCACUGAAUUCUUAAUGACCCACAAGACCUUGCAAAUCACAAUUUGAUUUUCUUUUUGCUUUCUAUUGCCACAUAAUGUUUGUCCCCGUUUUACUGUGGACAGCUUAAUAUGCAACCUGAUCAAAAACACCCAAACGUUUAAAAGUUAUGUGUGCCCAUGUCAGAGAACAGUGCAAGCAGAGAAAGGUUUCAUAUCCCCGUUUCCACCAUGCUGCUGAAGAGGUAAAUAGCAGUGUACACUGACAAGCAACUUGUCUGUUCAGCAGUUCCAAGUUGCUGCGGGAGAAACAUAAAAGAAACGCCAAGCCAGACAUGCACAUAAAGGAUUGCAGCCAGUGACCUUGCCCCUUUCGUAGUACAAAGGGUAGCUCAUCCCCUUCGUGUCCUAUCAUUCCCCAGUCUUGUUGCAGAAAUCUCACAUCCUCCCUCCUCUUUGCAAAGAAAUCCAGUAUUUCCUGUCCUCUGGAUUCUGAGCAGCCCAUUUCCCACCCAUUCAUACUGCAACAUCACACAGCUGUUACGUUAGUAUUAAGGUAUGGUGAGAAACAGCUGCCCAUCUCAGCCCAUUCAGCCUUGUUUUCCCUUCACAUUUAAUGGCAGUGGAAAAUGCAAUUGUAAAAACAUGUGCUGCUUUUUUUGUUUGUUAAGGAAAUGGAUAACCAGUUAACCCAGCUACUGUUCCAGUCUUAAAUCCUCAUUAGGAAUAGUGUGUGCACCAUUAUUUAGAAUUUUGCUAGACAUGAUGUCCACUUGCACCAGGAUAGGAGCUUGAAAGCCCAGUCCUCGGCUUUGUGUGCACUGUGAUGUAUACAUAAAAUACAUGAGCACACACAGGGUGUCCCCCCCCCCUUCAUUCACAGCAACAGAAGAAGUAUUCAUUCACAUCAGUGCACAUACAUACACUGAAACUG